AUGUUCGUAAACAGCGCGUUGGUCGAUAAUUGCACUUCCAUGCCUAUCUUAGCUCCGGAACACCCGUCACUGGAAAGGAAAAACUGGCUCAUCCACCUGCAUUAUGUCAGAAGGGACUUCAACGUCUGCAAGACCCUCAUUCGGGAAAUGUUGACCGAGACGAAGGGCACCUCCGAGUACGCACUCCACAUUCAAGCGCUGAUACUUCGACACGAAGGAAGAAUCAGCGAAUCCAUGGAACUCUUCCAGUCGUGCGCCCUUCUGAAUGGCGACACCUUCAACCUCAAACAGGUGGCCAGGUCCCUGUACCUCCUCGGACGACACAAGGCUGCCGCAGACAUCUACGAAGAAUGCGUUCGACAAGGCUCCAAGGACUGGGACAUCUGCCACUAUCUGGGAGUGUGCUACGUCAAGCUCAACAACUACGAGAAGGCCAAGGAACACCUUUACGAAGCCCUGCAGCAAAGUCCCAGAGACGAGACAUUUAUCGAGCUCGGAGAACUGCACGUACGAACCGGCGACAUCAAAUCGGCGAUGAGCGUCUACCGGAAGGCGGUUGACAACCAUCCAGGGAGUGCGGAACUGAACACCAAACUGGGCCUGCUUUACAUUCAGGGCAACAUGUACCAGAAGGCGUUCGAGCGGCUCGGUGCGGCGCUGGCCGUGGACUCAAGCUACGCCCCCGCCGUGCUGGCCGCCGGGAGCAUCAUGCAGACGUACGGCGACUUCGAGGUCGCCCUGUCCAAGUACCGCGCAAUCGCCGCGGCACUGCCGGACAGCCCCGCCCUUUGGAACAACAUAGGCAUGUGCUUCUUCGGCAAGAAGAAGUACGUCGCUGCCAUCAGCUGCCUGAAAAGAGCCAACUACCUGUCCCCCCUGGACUGGGAGAUCCUGCACAAUCUGGGCAUGGUCCACCUCACCAUGCAGCAGUACGCGUCAGCCUUCCACUUCUUCAGCGCCGCCGUUAAUUUCAACGCCAGGAACGGACAGCUCUUCAUGUUGCUUGCCAUUGCACUCCGGAACCUGCAAGACCCUGAGAAUGCGAAGAGGGCAUACCAAAAGGCCAUGCUGUUGGACGAUGACCCCGUGAUCUGCCUGAAUUACGCGGUCCUGGCGCACGACACUGGCGACCACAAAACGGUGGCUAAACUGCUGGAAGAAUUCGAAGACCGCUGUCUCAAGGUACAACGGACUCCCGGCAGAGAAGUGGACCCGGCUGUGAGCCAGUUUCUUUAA